UAGAGGUGUGGACCUCGGAAGGCAGCGAUGAGGUUUAUUACGAGAUAAUUCUGGCUUUUGUCGUGGACUAACGCACAACUGUGGGAGAUACUCUGUUCUGGGAUCAAACAUAUUGUGUCAAAAUAAGUUCAGGAAGGACAUGAGAGGAGAAACGGCUCUGAAAAACUAAGUCAAAAUGGAAAAUGGCGUUGAAGUGGUUGAACCUGGAGGAGCAGCAGCACUACCUUCACUAGGGAGGCGACCUAGUGUUGCGACUCUACAAAAUAUGCUGAAAAUGGCUUCUCGUGACUCUCCUCGCUACAAUAGAGGUGAGUGGUCAGAUAUGGACAACCAGCACUUUGAACAGAAUGGAGUCCAAGAAGACUUUCCGUCAAGCUUUCAGAACGAAGACUCUGCAGAUUUGAUCAAAGCAAACCCUUUUUAUGCAUAUUCCAAGGACUCGACCAGCAACUCUAAUGGAACAGAGGCUUCAAUACAAGCAGAUGAUCCCAACUCUGUACCCACUACGAAAUUCCUAAGCUUACCUCAGGAACUUGGUUAUGGAAUUAAGGCCAAGGAAAACAAUGCAAAGCUGUCCGAACAUCUUAAUGUGCCUCAGCGGUAUGACCCUAAAGAUGAGCUCUUCGGACCAUCCUCUCUGAGGCUCAACGCCACCGCCAAUGGGGAUUUUCAGGAAUUGGUUCAAACACAAAGGUUCUCUGAACACAGACAGAGAAAUGGCUCAGAAAUUGUCACAAAUGAUGUGGAUGCUUUGUUUGGCUUAUCUAACAAAGCUGUGGUACCAAACCCAUUUUAUAAAACUUUAGCCUCAGAAGCAGCAGAUUUGUUUUCAAGGAAUAAUGAGGAACUCUUCCAAGCGAACGGCACCCAAGACCAGACCCCCAGCGCCAGCAAUGACAAUUCUUUAAAGAAAGGAUUUGACAUAUUUUCAUCACCUACAAAUCCUGUGGAUCCAUUUCCAAGUCCGCUCCCAAGGAAUUUAUUCAAUGCCCCCGGUUUGGAUGAUCCUUUUGGUCCAACUCCCUCCAAGACAAUUUCCUCUACACCUUUAACCAAUCGCCCAUCUGAGUUGAAGUUAAACACACCGGUGUCAACAGGUUUAGUUAAGAAAACUCCACCAAAAGUUCCACGAAAACCUUCAAGCAAACCAAAAGAUCUUUUGACGAUGCCUCAGGGAAGCAAAGAGGAAUUCCUUGAGCCAACCUUCUUCAGCCAGGCCACCAGUCUGUCCUCCUCGCCCAGCAUUUCUCCAGCUGAUUUGACUCAUGUGCAAACUUUCAAACGGCCACCAAGACCCGUUCCUCGAACUCGACGCCCCAAAGCAGAGAAGCCACCAACACCAGAGCGACCUCCACCUCCAGCACACGCUACUAAAUUGGAACCAGAAGUACCUGAAGCACACGUUGCUGAGCCAGAACUACCAAAACCUCUGCCUAAACCAGUCCCUCCUUACAAACCAAAGAAAACGGAGAGCAAACCAUUGGAACCUGAGAGCUUUGCUGUGUUUGAGGACGUCCUCCUUAUUGGACAGGAACACUGUGUGGAGGAUUGGCCUGAGGACAGUCCUGAGCUGGAUCCAGACUUUAAGCCGUCUGGAACGUUUAAGCUACGAAGAGAGUCUAUGAAGGCCAAGAUGGAGUCAGAUGGAGGAAGCAGUGAAGACCCUGACGGUACCUUUGGUUACGUUAAGAAAAAGGACAGGAAACUGCGAAUGUCGUUGCUGUCCAGAAGAGGCUCAAAGGACAAGUAUUCAGAUGAUGCCACAGGGGGAAAGAGCAACACGCUGCCCAGUCGACGAAAAACCCCCAAGGACUUUGGUUCCAGUGACCAUAUUUCUACAGGAGAUGAUGAAGAUCAUUAUAGUUUGGACUAUAAAAAAAAAUCUUCAAAGACCAAAGUCAAUCACCUGUUUCGGAGAGCCUCCCUUGGUUCUUCUCCGUACGACGACAAGAACAUGAACGGGCAUUCACCUUUAAAGGACGGUGACAAUAAAAAAAGCAGCAAGAGGAAAAACAGCAUUGUACGCCGACAGUCGGCGGACUCGGUGUUGGACAAAGAAGAUUAUGAAAACGGGAAGAAAGGUGGCCAUCAGCAGAGGAGGAAUAGCAAGGUGAAAAUCAAGUUUGUGCCACAAAGAGGAUUUGCUAUUGCAUUAGAGAAGCCACACAAUGAACCAAAAGGAGCUCAUGGUUAUACGCCUCGCAAGGGCUCAAAGGACAAAUCUGUUGACGAUUUUGGCGUGCAUGAAUACACACCUCGUGACAAGCUUCAGGAUGAUGACUUUGAAGACCUCGAGGAGAUGAAAGCCCUCAGCCUUCACUCAGCUAAGGCUGCCAUCAUGGCUGGCGAACAGCAGAAGUCUCGUCGUUACUCACCAAGUCUGCAGGGGGAUUACGAUGCUGAAUUGAGCAAAGAACGCAAACAUAAAAAGUCCAAACAUAGGAUUCAUCUGUCACACAAAUCGAAGGCAUCAUACGGCCUGAAAGAGACGGGCUCCACUGAUGAUGAAUUAACAGAAAGAGACAUGAAGUCUCACAAAGAGGAGUACGAUGAUGAUCCAGAUGAAACCGAAAUCCUCAAACAGAAAAAGCCAUUUAAGUUUAAAGUUGCCAAAAAACACAAGCACAAGAGCAAAAAGGCCAAGAACCAAUCAGAAGGCCCAUCUGAUGAGCACCUCUCUGAAGCUGCUAAGGCAGCAUGGCAGGCUGCUCAGAUGGAUGAACAAGCUGCAGCCGGUGAAGAGGAGGAUGUGGAGGAAUAUGGGGACACGGACAGUUUAUUGGAGUGGUGGUACACGGUAGAAAAAUGGGAUGAACUGCCAUCGGAUGAAGAGGAUGCAGCCGCCAAAGAGGAUGAGUCAAAGUCAUUCGCCAUCUUGGCAGAGAAGGUCGAACGCGGCCUGCGUCUCUUCAACAAGGUGUUCAUGGAGCAAGCUGAGGUCCUGUGGGAGUCCAUCAUCUCGCUCCACGCUCUCGCCGACGACAUCAACGACUUCCAUCACAAAGCCAAGAUCGCUGGGAUCAGCGGGGGCACCACCACCGCGGUGGGCACUGUGGCGGCCAUCACUGGCCUGGCCUUGGCACCCGUGACUUUCGGAGCGUCCCUAGUAGUUGCGGCCGUGGGCGUGGGCGUGGCUACGGCCGGAGGGAUCACCUCCGCUUCUGCAGCCAUCUCUGAUAACGUCAACAACAAGAACGACCGCAAAAAGAUCGAGGGUGUGCUGCAGGAGUACGAAGAGCGAAUGCUGGAGAUCUCGAACAUCCUUAACUUUGUCAAUCAGGGCUUGUGCAGGCUGCGUGGUCACCCUUUCCUCAGGUCCGGCACACAGCACUAUUCCCAGGACUGGGAAGUCCGUAAGGCGGUCCAGAUGAUCAGCAUUGUGGAUUCGCCUAUAAUGCGAGCGACAGAGAUAACCGACGACGCUGUGGGCUCCCUGCAAGGACUCUUCAAAGGUAUGGACAAGUACUUCAUAAACGAAACCAGAGAGCUGAAGAAAGGCUGUAAGAAGGAGAUUGUGGCCGUAAUAAGACAAGUGGCAAACGUGCUGAAUGACUGCAUCGUGGAGCUGAAUACCAUCAGAGAGAAUCUGCAAGACGCUACUGGACAGAUGUGAACAACCUUCGCUGAGCAUGGCUCACCGCUGACAUCUCCUGGCUGGUACCGAGAACUGCUCUUCCAUAUGACAUUCUUGAAAAAUAUUCCACCUCUGUGAAACUCAUGAAGAUAUUUUUGGCAUUGUGGUUGAGAAAUUACUUAUUAAACUUUUUAAACUGCAGAUUAAUUUUGUACUUGAAUAGUAAAACACAGAUCAGUUUCUAUAUUCAUUCACCCUUAUGUUCAGCUUGAGCAGCAUCAAAGUUUUUCCCUGUGUAAAUGUGACAGUAGGUUUACUUUGUUAGAAUUGAGUCAGUUUGGAAGUAGUUGAUUUGCUACACAUUGAAAUAGUUUACCAGGGACUUAAAAAUAAUAUGAAAAGAUAAAGUUUAAAUAUGUUUAACAGUUAAUUUAGUGAUAAUUGUCAGAUUUUGGUAGAAUGUUCUGCAGGUUGAAGACCCUUCUACUGUAAAUGAGACUGUUUAUCAUUUAAGUUGUAAAAAAGAAUCUUGCUUUCAUAAUCAGGUCUCUAUAAAUACAUUUAUUUUUUAUAACUUAAAUUUGUUGGAAAUAUAGCUUAUAAUUUUCAAGAGGGAGUUAGUUUGGUUUAUUCAAAAGCUUCAACACAUUUUAAUGCUUUUUAUUUUUUCUAAAAGCUGUCUUGAAUGAAUGCAAAGCAUGUUGCAUGACAAACUGAAGUUUUUCUGCUUGAUUGUAGGUGCAUUGUCAUUUUUAUUGACCAUAUUAAAUCAUAUAGCUGCUAUUUUACCCCUAGCCACAUUUAAUAGGCAUUUUUAACAUUACAACUUAUCCAGCUUUGAUAGGUCACUGUCUUUGCAAUGCUGUUGUUCUUUUAUUUAUAUUUUAACUUGAAAUGAAUGUAACUGUAUAGGUUUUACAUUGUUCUAUUUUACUAUAUUCAAUAUGUACUGGUUAACCCAAGAAUAAAAUGUAAAAUGACCUAUUGACA